AUGGAAAUUGGCCACAACUUCGAGCAGAUACUAUCAAAAAGCAAGCCAGCUCUGGGUGAGGAUAAACACUAUCAAAAUAAUAAAGAUACCAAGAGAUUUAAGAGUAUUGAAAAGAUAUCGAAUCUUAGAAUCUUGGAUUCGAUAAAAAAGAAAUUAAGAAAAUUAAAUUUAUUAAAAAAGUUAUUGAAAAAGAAUAAAACUUUCGAUUUGAUUGAUGAUAAAGAGAAUCUUUAUUUAGAGAUUAAAAAAUUGAUUAAAUCUCAAGGGGAAGAGGAAGAGGAAGAGGAAGAGGAAGAGGAAGAGGAAGAGGAAGAGGAAGAGGAAGAGGAAGAGGAAGAGGAAGAGGAAGAGGAAGAGGAAGAAGGGGAAUAUUAG